AUGCACUACUCGUUGCUGGAAAACAUUGAAGAAGACAAGCUACACCUUUACACCUUUGACAAGCCGUGGAGGAUGGAUGGAGAGCGCAUUCGGAUCAACUUCAUAUGUGUCUACUCGGAUGACAUCCUCGAUACGGACGUGGGAAGCUGGCCCAAGAACAGAGGAGACGAGGACAUGAUAGUUGUUGAUCUGCCCAAGGCGCUUAGACGGCGUAAGUGUCUUUCCCACGACGAACGAACUGUCAGGAGCUAA